AUGUCGACCCUCGUGCGUUCGAUCCAGACGACCCCCACGCCGUCGAUCCAGACGGUGAAGAGCCUGCGUGGGCUCAACAUGAUCGCAAUUGAUGAAUACAUGUUCGUCCCCGCCAUUAAGAUCACUCGAGAGGGGCUCAUGGAGUUCUACUCCCGCGUGACCAAUGCUUUGGCCCAAUUGCAGGAUGACUUGCUCAACGAAGGACACCACAUGAGCGAUGGUGCCGAGAAGCUCCGUUGGGGACUUUGCAUCCAGGAAGUCCACGAGGCCGCUGGAUUCAUUCGCGACGUGGGUAUCCAAGCAAGAACAAGUCUGCAAAUCUUGGUCGCCGUACUGACUCCCUUUUUCUGCCACAGUUCAACAGCAAGUUUCGUCAUUGAACGGCACUUCAUGAUGGACCAGCUGCGCAUCCGAGCUGGAGUACGGGCAUGUGCAAACUUGCCCGCCGCUACGCCUUUGCCAGCCGCCCGCCUCGUCCAACACGUGCCUACAGCCAGCCUCGUCGUAGGCUCAGCCCUUGCUAGGGCACCAUCAGCUUUCAUCUUGCUUUGA